UUUUUUCACUCUCUUUAUGUUUCGAAUUUCUCAUGCCACUGACAGCUUUGAUCCGGCAGCUGACGUUCGGAUAAUUGAAGCUUUAAAAUUACUGCACCAAGUUCAAACGGAACCUUCAAAGGGAAUUGCACAACCUAUUUCCUGCGAACGGAUAAAAAUGUCCGACACAAAUCUACUGCACCUGUCAGCAUUGUGGAGGCAGCUACCCCACCUAACGUCACCGCUGGAACGCGAACUUUGGAACGCGUUCCGAGCGUAUGGACCAUCCUGGCAAACGCAACAGCUCGCCAGUGAAACCCAGCGCGAACUGUUCGUGGAGUUGGUGGCGUUCGGUGGCCGCAGAACGUGUCGUCCGUUUGAUGCGAUGGUUCACGUGACAGAUGACAUCGUGCAAGACGUUCCGAAGCGGUUGUCCACGCUCGUGUUGGAAUUUUUGGUCGUAAGCUUCGAUGGUGGUCCCGAACCGGGGCCGCUAAGCUGUUGUCAGGUGCGUGAGUUUGGCAGUCUUUUGAGUACGGAGCUGCCACUGAUAAAGGUGAUUGAGCUUGAGAGCGAAACAUACUGGCGAAGAGUGGUGUGGUGUUACUCAAACGAUUCGCUGUCCUAUCACGAGCUCGACUAUCUCUCGCCAAGAAGAUUCUGGAAACAGCAAGGAAUUGAACUUAAACUAGCUCGGAUGAUCGAACAGCAGGAUCCUCACUACUGGGAGCUGGAAGGUUUGGAGGAAACUAUCAAAAGAGCUGCUCCUUUUGUAGAUACCCUGUACAUAGAACAGCUUCAGCCACAUCCAACGGUGGAACCAAUCGAAGACUACGAAGAGUACCACAUUCGCAAUGCACCCGAUGAGCUUUGCAAUCACGGAUCGCUGGCGAUUCUUGGACAUCUCGUCAAUCUUACCUCUCUAUCGCUAGUGUUUGGUGUAAAGCACUGGAUCAAACCCUACCAAAACCGCUUCUCCAGCUGUUCCUUAGCCGAUAUUGAAAACCUUGGCCAAGGACUUCAAAAGUUGCACCGGUUGAAAAAGUUUACCCUUUCACACACGCAACUGAAUUCGGCGAAGUUGAAAAUUCUCCUAGAAUUCCUGACGCCCCUCGAGCUGGAAACGAUACGGCUCACUCACUGUCAGCUUGCGGCCGGUUGUGGUGCUAUUUUGGGACGCUUUCUUAGCCGCUUCCAACCGACGCUCACCCACCUCGAUCUGUCCCACAACCGGCUCGAUGCGCCCGAGCUCGACCAGCUCUGUCCGGGCUUGAGCGUUUACCGGGGUGUUGUUGACAGACUGGAUUUGUCUUACAAUCCCAUCGGAGAGGCGGGCGUACUGAUUCUUGGCGGUGCCAUUAAGGGCCGUACGCAACUGAGCGAACUGAACUUUACCGGCUGUCAAAUGGGCGUCGAGGGAUCCUUUCGGGUUAUACAGCUGCUCAGCUUUCAUGUGACACUGCGGAAGAUUUCGUUGAACUGUGUACCGAUUAGUCUCGAGGGUGGUGCGAAACUAGUGCAAGUUUUGCAGGAAAACAUCCGCAUCGAGGAUGUGCAGGUUCGCCAGUGUGGACUGCCCGACGAGCUGCUAGUGAAGGUGAGGAAAAUCCUACGAAAAAAUGCUAAAAUAAGAGAUCAAUUGCGAUCGGUUAGAAUGAGCUCAGAGCAGCCGAUGGACAAGUGUCACACAAGUGAACGAUCGCUCGGGAGUAUGUUUUUGUUGGAGCGUCAAGUGUUUUCGGAGUAAUCUGCGUAGAAGUUGGUGCAAGAGCGAGAAGUAGCAAUUUCCAUUUCCUGGUACACAAUACCCUCUAAAUCACUACUAUUGACAAAUAAGAGCGCGAUUUGAAUAAUUCAAGUGCCGACACUUCCUUCAUGGUGUUGCUGGCAAAUUAUUCAAAACAAAUUAUUCAAUACCUCACGUGAG